AUGAGGCGGCGCCUGGUGGAGAACACGGAGGUGGAAUGUUAUGACUCUCUCACGGCCUGCCUGUUGCAGUCGGAGCUGGUGAAUUACGAGCGGGUGCGCGAGUACUGCCUCAAGGUGCUGGAGAAGCAGCAGGGCAACUUCAAGGCCACCUACCGCGCUGGCAUCGCCUUCUACCACCUGGGUGACUAUGCACGCGCAUUGCGCUACCUGCAGGAGGCCCGAAGCCGGGAGCCCACAGACACCAAUGUCCUCCGAUACAUCCAGUUGACUCAGCUGAAGAUGAGCCGGUGUAGCCUGCAGCGGGAAGACAGUGGGGCCCGGCCUCGGGACGUCAUUGGCUGA